AUGCAAGCGAUUGGCUUCCUGAAGGGCAUGGUCGGCAUGUCGCAAACGUAUACCAUGCGGAAUGAGACGGAUUGCACUGUAAAGGUGCUGAUGACCGAAGAUCCCGAGGCUUUGAAAACCGUGGUUAAGGCCAAAGGCGCCCUGGGCUUGGAUUUCGCACCCGGAGCAGGAUAUAUCCCCAUCGGCAUGGGAGGGCAGGCCGCCUUGGUGGCCACCCAAGGAAAGCGCAAGCCGGCCGAUUUGACACUUGGGGCAAACUGCGAGACGUUUACUACAGCAGCUACAAGUACGGUGUUCGUGGCCGUAGCAUUUUGGGCGAAUGGGAGAUUCAAGUUCGUUUGGGAGAAUCGGGCCGUUGAGGCUGGCUCCACAAUCUGCUUGUUGCAGCGUCAUCUUGACGAUAUCUCCGAACCAUGGAUUAAGGCAAACUCCCUCCAAGACGCCCUUGGUCGCAGGCAGGACGGAUGCCUUGGAUACAACCAACGUCCGGAAUGGCCUCAGCCUCUCACAAUACCCAAAGACACCAAGUCCGCUAAGUCGCUGGCCUACGAGGCACCACAGGGAUUCUCGGAUGUGACUCAGCUGGCAAUAUGGAGCCAGACAUGCGGUGCUUUCCUUCCUGCCCGGAUCCUUGGUGUAGCUCACAGACCCAAUCUUGAUCGUCAAGGCUGGUCACUCCCGGUCGGAUCUGUUCAUGUGGAGCUAGACUACCCCAACGGCACCAAGCAUCGCAAGAUCCUGACCCCUGACCAGUUUGCAACGAUGGUGCAAGAUCAGCCUCCGUGCACGUGA